ACAUUAGACUCGCCCUGAUGUAAUUCUAUAGUAUAUGACUAAAAUGCUCUUUAUACUUUUCAUAACCCUUAUUGUUAGUGGUAAAUUAAAAAAAUGAAGCGAGCAUAUUUAUAUUAAAAGUCAUCUUAAAAAUCUAUAUAACAAUGAGUUCACCAAAACUAAACGAAAGGUGUCCGAGCAGCUUAAGCAAUGGCAAAAAAUUACUCAGCAAUGAUUCGAAAGAAGAUUCUUUGGAUAAUUCCAUAAGGGAACCGGGAAAAUCUGAUAGACCUGGAGGAAAGGGUGAGGAAGAUUGGCGAAGACGUACUAUUAUAGUUGAAAAGAAGAAUGGAAACUACGGGUUCACACUACAAAGUUAUGGCAUACAUUACAAAAAGGAACAAGAGAUAGAAGUGAUUACAUAUGUCGAUCAUGUGGAAGCUGACGGUCCAGCUGCAGCAGCGGGUAUGCGAGAAGGUGACGUUAUAUUAUCAAUCAACGGCGCAGACGUAGAACGAGCUGAUCAUGCUGUCAUUGUCGAUGCUAUCAAUGCCUGUGACUCGCGUAUGCGGAUGGUAGUAAUUUUUGAAGAUUGUGUGCGUAAAGUUGAGUUACAUCUUAAAUAUAUCAACCUUCAAAGAGCGAUUCAAUCCAAAAUGCGAGAACUCGACCAGCUAACUGUACGUGAGAGACAACUUUUUGAUACUAAUUGGAAAACUCAUAGCUUACCUUCGCAAAAGAAGAAGAACUCCCCGGCGGAUGUUAUUUCUGAUAGUGAAGAAAACAAUAUCGGAGAUAAUAUAAAUAAUCCUUAUUGUAGACCUACAUUGUCAAGCGAAAAUGUUACGGCCGCUAAACCACCGCAGACUAAUGUAUUUAUGUAUCAAUAUCUUGAUCCACGUUAUGGAACAUGUCUAAUACAGCCAAAUAUACACACAGGCAGCUUUGUCAUUACCGUAGGCUCCCCACGGAAUAGACGUGAUUGCCAUCAUUACGUAGUAAAAACUCCAGGAGAGUGUCACCGUGCACCUGAUGGCCACAAAGCUAGUAGCGGAAAGCAUACAAAGGGCCACAGAAGUAAUCAUAGUCACAGUUGUACGCCUUGUGUACCAAAUUAUAACAAUCAAGAUGCUAAUAGUCUAGAAGCUUAUGACCUUGCUAGUCCUUGCUGUGACCCUCAUUGUGUGCCGAAUACCCGAAAGAAAAUUAGACGAAAAAAAGAAUGCUCUAAAGAGCAUAAAAGAAAAGACAAAUGUCAACAAGUUGAUAAAUCCACACAAAAACCUGACAAUUGCUCUCAUACUAGAACCAAAAAAGUGUGUCCUUCAGGACAUUGCUCAAGUCGUUACCGAUACUUAGCAACAGAGUCUACUCAAACAAGUCAGUGUAGUCUGCAAUCCUAUGCAACUAGUAACGCUACAGUACCUUGCGAUAAUUCAGCCUCAAGUUACAGUACUUCGUUAAGUAGUGAUACAUUGUUUUGGGAUAAUGAUCGUACCGAAAAUAAAUCAUCACCAAAAAUACAGUAUCAGAGUUCACAUCAACAUGUCAAACCAAAGUCUUGGGACAAUUUAACAACUAAAGCAUUUGGCGGUUAUGGUUUUGGAUAUGGUUAUUUAGACACAAGUACAAAACAUUCAAAUCGGUCAAAAAGUCACGGGCGAAGUCACAGCGGGCGCAGUACUCAAAGUCAUCAUGAAUAUCAGCAUCAUUCACAGGAGAAGCAUUCCCAUCGACAAAGUGCAACACCACACCACUACUCUGUUUACAGCAGAGGCCAUAGUACUCGAUGCGCACCCACUAAGUCCACAGAGAGUUUAAUCGUGGUACCCAAAUAUCAGUUGGAAAGUAGUGGUUCUGAAAGCAGAUUAGCAUGCGAUUGUACUGAAACAAUAGAAUAUUAUCGCAGAAUUAGCAUCAACAAAAAUCCAGGCGACGCCCAUUCUACCAGUUACUACUCUCAACACUUUAUAUAUCCCACGCAUUCUUAUAAAAAAAAAGAUUCGAAUGUUAGUUCUGAAAUAACAAGGUUAUAAGCAAAUUUUAUCAUUGUUCUAUUCAAUGCUCAAUUCUAGGCCUAAAUAGGUUAUUUAUUAUACCUAUCUGAGUAAUCAUUAUUAAGUAGGCAUAUUACAUUACCUAAUCUUAUGUAGAAAUAUUAGUGCGUGAUUUAAACUGCUUUGUACCUAUUUGUUCGUUUAAAAAAUUGUAAUAAUAAAUGGAAUUUUUAAUCGCUUUUUAGAACUUUCUAUUUUUAUACGUUCUAUUUUAAUUCUGUAGCUUUAUCUGUGUAGUAUCCGGUAUCUUCUAUUCUUUAUUUCCAGAAAACUAAGUAAAGAUAUAGAGUGUU